AUCAUUAAAAUUUUAUGUUCAUCAUACUUGGUAUGUGUAAGUAACAUAUGUUUAUGUAUAUAUGAUGAAAUCGUUUUGAAGUGAUAAGUGUGAGAGGAAUUGAAGAAUGCAGCAACAACUAUGGGGGUUCUGUGUAAUUGCCUUAUCGCUGGUGCUGGUCAAUGCGCAGGAAGAUCUCUUUGUUGACAUUACCAUUCUAGAAAGUGCGGUGAAAAAAGGAGCAGUUUGUUUGGAUGGGAGCCCACCAGCAUAUCAUCUUCAUAGAGGCUGUGGUAGUGGCAUCAACAAUUGGUUAAUUCAAUUAGAGGGGGGAGGAUGGUGCGAAAACGUUACAACUUGCAUGUUUCGAAAGAGAACCCGUUUAGGAUCCUCCAAAUAUAUGAAUUUAACUCUAGCUUUUUCAGGAAUUUUACACAACAACCCUCAUUUUAACCCAGAUUUUUUCAACUGGAACAAAGUGAAAGUUAGAUAUUGCGAUGGUGCGUCUUUUACCGGGAACGCCCAGUUUGUGGAUCGGGAGACCAAUCUUCAUUUCCGAGGAGCUAGGAUUUUCCGGGCUAUAAUGGAUGACUUGUUAGCGAAUGGGAUGGACAAAGCCGAAAAUGCAAUUCUGUCUGGAUGCUCAGCUGGAGGAUUGGCAUCAAUUCUGCAUUGCGAUAAAUUCAGAAAAUUAUUUCCAAGGGAGGCUCGAGUAAAAUGCUUCUCAGAUGCAGGUUUCUUUAUUAAUGUGAAGGACAUAUCUGGGGAGCCAUCUCUUGAAAAGUUCUACAAUGAUGUAGUUAAAUUACAUGUUUCUGCGAAUAAUUUGCCCAAGUCAUGCACCUCAAAGCUAAAGGCAAGCUUGUGUUUCUUCCCACAGAAUGUAGCUCCAGACAUUACAACACCAUUGUUCCUGAUAAACGCAGCUUAUGACACUUGGCAGAUCAGAAACGCCUUGAUUCCAAGUGCAGCCGAUCCAUCAGGAAAGUGGAAAAUGUGCAAGACUGAUAUACGCCAUUGCUCUGUUAGCCAACUCAACACUAUCCAAGAUUUCAGAUCAGAGUUUUUAGCCGCUUUGAAGGGAUUUAAGUAUUCUCCAACGAGUGGAAGUGGCGGUGGGUACUUUAUCAACUCUUGCUUUUUGCACUGCCAAACUGAAUUACAAGAGCUCUGGAACAUGCCUUCUUCUCCAAUGUUACUUCAAAAGACGAUAGCGGAGGCGGCAGGAGAUUGGUUUUUUGACAGAAAGAUUUUUCGAAAGACAGAUAGCCCUUAUCCGGAUGACAAGAGUUGUUUAAAGCCACAACUAGUUCCUUAAUUCAAUCUUGAUUAAUUGUUUCAGUAUUCAUUCAAUUCGAAAAUCAAGCAUUCCAGCCUAGCUGGUUAUGAGGUUACCGUCUAGAGGUCUCGAGUUCAAAACCCGUUAGGCACAUAACUACAUAAGGGUUUGAAACUCAAUGAAAUAAGUUUCAGCCCCAGAUUACUUCAGGCCUCCCAACCCCCUCAUUCAAUUCGAAGUAUACCUUACUUUAAUUUAGGACCAUUAAUUAUAUACGUAGUAAUUUUUUUUUUUGUGUAAGUGCACACAUACAGAGUAUAUUAUAUACGGAGUAUAUUACUCCUAUUUCUUUCAAAAA